GGCCGCUUCCACCAAGCUCGUCGACGAUCCCCGCCUCUCAACAUGGUCAGGCUUGCGUCUCUCGCUGUUCUCGGCUCCGUCAUCGCCACUGCCUCUGCGCACACACGCGUCUGGGGCGUAUAUGUGAACGGCGAGUACCAGGGAGAUGGGAUCGGACAAUAUGUCCGCUCGCCGCCCACGAACAAUCCUGUGAAGGACUUGACGUCGGCUGCUAUGAAGUGCAAUGUCAAUGACGCUCAGGUACCUAAGCGCGUCUCCGUCGCCGGCGGUGACGAGCUCAGCUUCGAGUGGUACCAUGAUUAUCGCAACGACGAUAUCAUAGCCAGCUCGCACCACGGUCCGAUACAAGUGUACAUGAGCGGCGACGACGGUGCUACAUGGACCAAGAUCGCCUCCGACGGCUACGACACUGGCAGUUCUACCUGGGCCGUCGACCGCCUCAUCUCCGCCGGAGGCAAGCACAGCGUCAUCAUCCCCGACGUCCCUGCCGGGGACUACCUGCUGCGCGCCGAGAUCGUCGCCCUCCACGAGGCCGACGUCGCCUACGACCAGAACCCCAUCCGCGGCGCGCAGAACUACCCCAGCUGCACGCAGAUCACGGUGACCAGCAACGGCUCGGACGCGCUGCCAGCCGACGGCGUCAAGUUCCCGGGCGCAUACACGGACAGUACGCCGGGCAUCAUCUUCAACAUCUGGCCGCCCAACGCGCAGGACCCGGCGACGUACCAAGUGCCGGGGCCUGCGGUUUGGGACAAGGCGCCGGGCGGAAGCGUCUGAGCUCUAAAUUGUGUUUCUCGAACUGCUCGCAUUGUACUAUAGUUUCUGUGAGAGUGUUAUGAAUGAUGAGGUCUGUUCCAUGUCAGACAGGAGAGCGAAUCAGAGCAAGU